UUGUCAAUACGCCAACGCGUGCAGAAAUUUGAAGCCGAUCCACUACGCGUCUUGCUCAUGACUCGGUCCGAGCAAGUCAAGGUUGAAGUCUAGAGCAGAACGAGAGGCUAUAUAAGAAGUCCUGAGAGGCUUCUUCCAAUACCUCGAACACCAUAGUAUAAGAAUGGAUGCAAACUCUGCCGUGAUCCUAACAGCCAAGCUCAAAGUCUGUAUGCCUUCUUUUGCAUGGUGUGGUCUAUCUGACAUAACCUGGACCGGCCAAUGCUACCUCUGUCGUCAAGCAAAGGGACCCAAUGACGCAUGGGUGCAUCCUUGUGAUUGUAAUGUCGUAGCACACCAACGUUGUUUGCUCGUCAUGAUCGACCGGCUUCCCAUGAAACCACCUGCGUGUCCUAAGUGCAAGUUCGUGUAUGAGACCACGGAGAGCAUGAUACUUCCUUUGCAGCUGCUUCGGUCGGGGCAAGAAACAUUGAAUACUGCCAUACAUGUAGUCGCCGUAGUGGCCUUUGGCAAGGUGUCGUGGUUGGCAUGGAGCUACGUUAUGAAAAAAGGUCGUAUCUACAUCUUCAAGCGUUUAUUCGGAAAGACUCUUUUCAAUCUCUUGUUGACUGACAACAUGUCUAAUUGGUCGGUAGCGCGCCGCCUCGCAAUCCCUCUGAUCUACAUACUUUCCCGAGAGCCCUCUCGAUACCGUCACUUCCUAUUCAUGGCCUUGUUCACAUGGCCCUCACAGCCACCACUUGCCGUACGCGAGCGGCUUAUGACAAAUGCUCUUCAAUCCUCCAGCGGCCCAGGUCUCUUCCCCUUUCCCUCCAACUCUCCUCCGUCUUCCAUGAUUACUUGGCCUCCCACUCGUGCACAAUUUGGGUGCCUCAUUUACGCGACUAGCUUCGUAUAUGAUUGUUUCCGCAGUCGCGUCCUUGGCCUUCCAACGCGCCCCGACCUUUUGUGUUCUAUCUUCAGUGGCGCGCGGCACUUUUGGCACUGGAUUCGCCAUCUCAGAGAUAGAGAAGGUUGGGGGGCAUACAUUCAACUGGACUGGGAGGUGGAUUUCACCACUUUGGAGAUGCUGCUUUUGCCUGUCAUAUCCCAAGGAAUGGGACGCCUUUUGUAUACUUUUGCGGGCCAUGUCCCUUUCUUUCGUUUCUGUCUGGGUAUCAAGGCCGCAGUCGCAGUCGUUGGUGUAUCCUUACCUCUGGAGUAUCUGACUGGCGAGAUGCGGUAUCUAGUCUUGAAUGAUGCCCGUUAUUGGACCAAAUUUACUACCUGGGCAUGGACCGAGAUGGACGCUGUAUGGAUUCGCAAUACAGUCGGACUGGGUCUUUAUGUCGUCAUGAAGGAUACGCUUGGGUUUUUUUACCGACGAAUUAUAGACAAGGAAACCGAAACUAGCCGUAUCGUGGACAGGCCCUUUGAAGGUUUAGAUCUCCGUCAGUGGGACCUCGUGUCCUCCCAGCCUGACCCAAAUCCCGAAGAGCCCUGAUUCUAAUCCGAUACCGGUUUACCAUAUAUCUCAUACUGUCGUUGACACACCUACGUUGAAAUCAGAUCGCGCUGUGCUGACCUUUUCAUAUAGUUUUCCCUAUGUUCACCUCACUCAAUAAUGCAUAGCUUUCUUUGAACUCUUGUUAGAAUCGAUUUAGUCGACAUAAUAUAGCAAGCACCCAGACGUUCAAGUUUUUAAACUUUCUGCGGAUCCGACCUUGAUU